AUGAUCUUUAGAGUUUAUGGGAGUGUGUCUCACAAGUCAGAUGUGUAUAGCUAUGGAAUAUUGGUUCUUGAGAUGAUCGGUGCAACAAACAAAGAAAGAGUUGGAAACGUUGCUUCUAACACUAGCUCGGUUUAUUUCCCUGAUUGGAUCUAUAAGGAUCUUGAAAAUGAACAACAUGGUAAGCUUUUUUGGGAUGAACUAACUCAAGAAGAAGAAGAAAUCACAAAGAAGAUGAUCUUGGUGGCUUUGUGGUGUAUUCAGUCGUAUCCAUCAAAUCGACCAUCCAUGAACAGAGCUGUUGAGAUAUUGGAAGGAAGCUUGGAUGGUCUUGAGUUACCUCCUUGGCCUGUUUUGCAAUUCCCCAUAGCACCUUUUCAAGAUUCAUCAACACUUUCAGGGGAUACUCAGCUUCCACAGAAUGAUGAUUCAUCAACAAUGUCUCACCUGCUUAUACUCUAG